AUGUCUUUUAGUCCAGUUCCCAGGUCAAUAGGAUCUGCACAGGUUCUAUGCGAAUUUGAGCCGCAAGUCUUGACUCCUCGAACGUUAAUCGAGCCGCAGAUUGCGGGAUACCCGUUCCCCUCGGAUGCCCCUCGCCGGACGGGGCACAUUAUUCCAAGACGCCGCGCAAAUGGGUCGCUCAUUCCCCAGAAAAUGUUUCGAAACACGUAUAUCCCACAGCAGCGGAUAGACUCCACACAACUGCGGUUGUUAUUCUCGCGUGGCUUCGGCCAGGGGUCCAGUGUAAUGGUGGUGAUAGCAAUAGUCGGACCCAGGGCAAUGAACUUCACGGAAUCUAUACCCAAUGUCUGUGAUUACGCAACGACAUGGGUCAACCGAACGAGGCUUCGUCACCUUAUGAGUAUUGCUCACGAUUACCGCCCACAACCCGGUAUAAGUGCGCGUCGCACGACAAAGUCGCGCAUGUGGUCCAUCGCCAUUCUUUACAAACCCCGAGACAUUUCCCUCACUUUCUUCAGUCCCGCCCUUGACGCCAAUUGCUGUCUACCGAUGUUUCUCUUGGCCCCCUUGGGUAGUCAACGCCCCCUUCAGAAGUCAAGCUUAUCGGCACGUCAGCAUAAGGGAAUAACCUUGAUGAUAGGCUUACACCAAAUCCUUUUUGACAAUGUCAACUCGACCAUGAUACCGGCGGUCCCGCGGGGCAGUGAGCAUUCCAAAGGUCAGCACAACGUUUCUCUCCUCUCGCGGCGAAGAAGACGAGCGUCGUCAUCAACAGUCUCAGCUGGCGACUCGCGCAUGUGCGCCUACCGCCCACCCGCCGGUCCGCUCCCGGCGGCAGCUGACGACAUCGACGACUGGGGCGCCGAUUUGAGCACGUCGACAGUCUCGGGAGCAUCAAUCCGCAAUCAAGGCACAACUCUGUGGGGUUCUGGCAAUGUUCUUGAACUGGCGGCAUAUGUGCUUAUUGCGAAGACCUUUUCUCCCGGAUCUCACAACUUGGCGGCCCAUAUGAUUCGCCCCAACAGCGUUGGUGUUUUCGAUCGUGGACUGCGCCACCGUCGAUCCAUGGGUUAUUUGACUUCACCACGCGGGACUACGUGGACCCUUAGGCGGCUUCGAAAGUCUGAUACUAGAAACAACCAGUCCGUCUUGGAUCUUGAUUUGAGCCUCCGUAUCGUACCAUUACUCUAA